CAGGACCCUGCAUUCACUAUAUCUGGUCUCCCACAGUACACAUGGAAACGCAAUUAUUUUAGUAAAUAUAAACUGCUAAAUAAUUUUUUUCAUCAGCAGUUAGAGCAGUCUUCUUGUGAGCAUUGGUUAAAUCUUGUAGGAAGAGUUUUCAUUCUCCUCUGACUGUCCUAUGAGGCUGCAUAACCCCUGACCCUCUGGACAGUGCUGAUUGGCCCUGAGCUGAUCGCAUGCACUCUCCAAAAGAAAAAAUAAACUCUAUAGCAAUAUACACUAAACUGAGCAUGUGCAGAGGGACUUUUCUAGAGCUCUGUACUAUGAGCAGAU